UGCGGCGGUCAUGGCGGAGCAUCAGCGCGAGCUGCGGCCGGCGCCGGGCGGGCUCGGGGCGGGGCCGGGCGGCCUGUGCCGGCGCUGCAGCGCGGGGGGCGGCGUGUCGCGGUGGGUCCGGCUCAACGUGGGCGGCACCUACUUCCUCACCACCCGGCAGACGCUGUGCCGGGACCCCAAGUCCUUCCUGUACCGCCUGUGCCAGGCCGACCCCGACCUGGACUCGGACAAGGACGAAACAGGCGCCUACCUGAUUGACCGGGACCCCACGUACUUUGGGCCGGUGCUCAACUACCUUCGGCAUGGCAAGCUGGUCAUCAACAAGGACCUGGCGGAGGAAGGAGUGUUGGAGGAAGCAGAAUUUUACAACAUUACCUCACUCAUUAAGCUUGUCAAGGACAAGAUUCAAGAGCGAGAGAGCAAGACCACGCAGGUGCCAGCCAAGCAUGUAUACCGCGUGCUGCAGUGCCAGGAAGAGGAGCUGACGCAGAUGGUGUCUACCAUGUCUGACGGCUGGAAGUUUGAGCAGCUGGUCAACAUCGGUUCAUCCUACAACUACGGCAGUGAGGAUCAGGCCGAAUUCCUGUGCGUGGUGUCCAAGGAGCUGCACAACUCCCCGUAUGGGGCCCCCAGCGAGCCCAGCGAGAAGGCCAAGAUUUUGCAGGAAAGGGGCUCCCGGAUGUGAGGCGGCCGGAAGUGAUUCCUUUGAGCUCUCUGAGAUUCAGAGCCACCGUGUCAGGCAGCUGGGCCCUGGGAGAAAAGUGCUUCAUGUACGGCGGGGCCGGUGGCCGUUCCGGACAGCGUUCUUGGUGCUAAAAACAGGCCGUGGCGAAGCGGCGCCGGGCGGCCACUGCAUCUCCUGCUCCCCCCCUCCCCCAGGCUGACUCCUCGGCGAGUCUCUCCCAUGAGAGACCUUUGUCCCUCUCCCACUGUGGACUUUCCCAUCCCCUCCCUGAACACCUCUAAGUGUUGCUGCGUCGGGGCCGUUACCGUCGUUACUGUCCGUCAGGGGCUGGGCCCGUGCCUUGCUGGCUGGGACGGAGGGUGGGCGCAGGCUGGGCAGCCCUGUAGCUAUGCACUUCUCCCUGGGGUCUCCCUGGGCGUGGGGCCUAGAGGGGAGCCCUGUCCACUGGCUGGCGCCCGCCUCCUUCCUGAGCUUCCAGAGACUCCACCUCUGCCCUCUGCUCCUUUGCCAAUAACCCGAUUAACUGGCUCCUGGCCCGGCCCCCGGCCUCGCCCCACCUUCCGAGCGCUGCAGUAGCCUCAGCCUUGGGCCUGGGCCCCCAGUCUAGAGCUUCUCGGGCUGUCGCCCACACUCACCAGGGUGGCCCCAGGCCCGCAGCCACUUGCGGCCCUCAGGGCUCUUGGUGGUGACCUGACUAAAUAGAUAGGCUUGUGGUGAUUGUUGUUGUUUUUAAUUUAAAGAUAUUAAAACUUACUUCACUAAGACCUA